GUGUAGUGAACGAACCGUGUCAGAGCUACAGGAUUCAGGUUGCAAAACGUUCGAAUUCCCUGCACGUCCGAAGUCCCGGUUGGGAUCAAAAGGGAACUACUAUUUCUGGCAAACCAGUGAAUUUAUUUUAAAUUGGGAUCAAUUCCAUUAUAAUUUAGGAGAUUAGGUCAUUUCAAUUCAAUAUGAAAUUGCAAUUUCUUGUUGCUUAUUGAGGAUUUCUUUCAGUGCUUUGUGGUGAAAUUUCUAACAAGCAUUCUUAAAAGCUUCUAACAAGCUUCUUAAAAAUGUAAAUGUAAGCAUCAUGUAACCUUGCUCUCCAGAAACCAAGGAAGCAUUCUCUCUAAUCCCUAGGGUUCUCAGAUGUGGAGAUGAGUGCAGAGGCGGCAGACCGUGUGGCUGUGAGCGGCAGCCGGCCGAGCACUCCUCCUCAGACCUCCUGGUUCGAGUUUCUCCUGGAUGAGAUGCUGCUGGAGAACCACCUCCAGAAGUCCCAUCCAGAUCCUGUUCCAGUGCAGCUUGUCAUCCAGUUCCUUGAACAAGCGGCCAAGCCCUCUGUGAAUGAGCAGAACCAAGUCCAGCCUCCUGCAGACAACCGCAGGAACCGCACUCUGAAGCUUUUGGCUCUUAAAGUAGCAGCACACUUGAAGUGGGAUCUAGAUGUAUUGGAGAAAGGCUUGACUAUUCCUGUUUUGAACAUGCUGCUGAAUGAGCUACUGUGUGUGAGUAAGGUUCCACCUGGAGUGAAACAUGUUGACCUGGAUCUGUCCACCUUGCCUCCCACCACUGCCAUGGCUGUCAUCAUCUACAACCGCUGGGCCAUACGAACCAUUGUGUUAAGUAGUUUUCCAGAAAAACAGACAAAACCCGGGCCUCAUCAGAUGAACAUGUUGAAUGUUGUGCAGCAGGAGAAAGAGUUGACUGAAAAUAUCCUGAGCGUGCUGAAAGAGCAGGCAGCGGACUCUAUCAUGGUGUUGGAGGGAUCUCUUGGUCUGAAGAAGGACUUCUACAUCCACACCCUGAGGACUCUGGACCUGCUGGCUGCCGACCCCAGUACUGCUAACGGAGAAACUGAGUCCUCCACAGCAGGACUUAGGAUCAGUGCUGAUGAGCUGCACUGUCAGGUGCAUUAUGAUUUGGGAGGUAUUUUCUUUCAACAAGGCUGCUCAGACCAACUGGCAUAUGAGAAGGCUAGAGAGCAUUUUCAACAAACACGAGAGUUGCUGUUGAAGUUCGACUUGACGCUUCACGUUCACCUGGAUGAGAAGCGUCUUGCUGGGUACUGGAACGCCUGCAGGGCCCUGACUGGAGCCUUGGACCCCAGUGACACCCAGCUAAACCCCUACGGACAGAUCAACAGCCUCAUCAGAACUCACAACUACCAGGCUCUUGUAGAGGCUUUCAUCAAAGACAAUGUGUCCCUCAGCUUGCCCAACCACCUCAGACAGUCUGUCCUGAGGGAGUUUUUGCACAAAGUCCAGCAAGGGGAGAGGGGCCUGGACGAAGUGUGUCACAAGCUUUGCGUGUGCAACGCUGUUCGAGACGCCCUGCAAGGGGAGGUCCUCAGUGUGCGUUUUCACCAGCUGCUCCACAAGCCAAGGAAACAUGUGGUGGACUUUAUGCUAGAGGUAUGCACAAGGUCAUUAGACAAGGACCGUUCAUCAGAGACAUCCAAGAGGAAGAUGGUUAUUUUUCUAAAAACCCUGUGUGAGAGCUUGGCAGAGCCCCACCUGGUGUUCGUGGUGACCGCCCACAAGCUAUUCACGGAGCUGCUGAAGGAGGAGGAUAGGAAGAUCCUGGUGGAGCAGAUGAGGAAGAGGUCAGCCACGGUCAACCUCUGUGCCAAGCCUCUGCCCUCCUUCUAUGAUAUCCCAGCUGCGGCCAGUGUCAACAUUGGACAGCUGGAGCAGCAGCUCAUCCUCUGCCUGGACGCCCGCCGCAUCCGGCAGAUCCUAAUUGAGCUGCACAGCAUGGCCGAACGACCCUUCUGGCGGGUUAACAACAAGUGGGAAGUUCCUCCAGAUUACAUCAAUGUGAUACUCAACAUCAAAGACAACCUGACCAAGGAUCUGGUGUACAUCCUCAUGGCCAAAGGGCUUCACUGCAUCACUGUAAAGGAUUUUGCCCACACGCGGCAGCUCUUCUCAGCCUGUCUGGAGCUGGUGACUGAGUUCUCUCCUAAGCUAAGGCAGGUGAUGCUAAACGAGAUGCUGCUUCUGGAGGUGCGGGCCCAUGAGACUGGGGUUGCUGAGGGUAGCAAUGUCAGACCCCCACCCGACCUGGUCAGCAGGGUGCGAGGCUACCUGGAGAUGAGGAUACAUGAUCUCCCUCUGCGCCAGAUAGUAGGGGAGGAGUGUGUGGCCUUCAUGUUGAACUGGAGGGAGAAUGAAUACCUGACACUGCAGGUUCCCCAGCAGCUGGUCAUGAACAACCCCUACAUCAAGCUAGGUCAGCUCCUGGCCUCCACCUGUAAGGAGCUCCCGGGUCCUAAAGAGAGCCGGCGUACAGCCAAAGAGUUGUGGGAGGUGGUAGUCCAGAUCUGCAGUGUGUCGAACCAGCACAAGAGAAACAGUGACGGACGUGUUAGCCUCAUCAAACAGAGAGAGUCCAGUAUGGGCAUCCUGCAAAGGAGCCGAUUCAUCACAUUCAUCAAGAAGCUUCGGGAACCACUGGUGCUGACCACCCUUAUCUCACUUUUCGUGAGGUUUCAUAGCAUAGUGCGGGAUGAUAUUGUCAAUGAAGUGACAGCAGAAUACCUUGCCAUUUGGCCAUCAACCCUGGCUAACAUGCAGGCUGUGGAUGUGGAGGCGGUGGCUGUGACGGUUAAAGAGCUUGUGACCUACGCCCUUACACUGAACCCCAACAACCAGUCUUGGCUCAUCACGCAGGCCGACAUCUACUUUGUGACCAACCAGUACUCUGCAGCGUUGCAUUUCUACCUCCAGGCUGGGGCAGUGUGCUCUGACUUCUUUACCAAGGCUGUGGCUCCUGAUGUCUACACUGACCAGGUCCUAAAGAGAAUGAUCAAGUGUUGUUCGAUGCUGAACUGUCACACACAGGUUGCAGUUCUGUGCCAGUUUCUAAGGGAGGUGGACUACAUGACAGCAUUCAAAGCUCUUCAAGAACAGAACAGUCACGAUGCCAUGGAUUCCUUCUAUGACUACAUCUGGGACGUCACCAUCCUUGAAUAUCUCACACACAUCCACCAUAAAAGGGGUGAGAGCGAGAAGAGACAAAUUGCUAUCAAGGCGAUUGGACAGACUGAGCUGAAUGCCAGUAACCCCGAGGAAGUUCUGCAGCUGGCUGCACAGAAGAGAAAGAAGAAAUUCCUGCAAGCUAUGGCCAAACUGUACUUUUAGAUAAAACCGGGCCACCAAACAUGUGGGAGACUUUUUUUUUUUUAAAUAAAUGGUUUAACAAACAGAACCACCUUUUAAUAAAUUGCAUUAGCCUUUCAGAAGUA